AUGAUUCCCCUCUUCAUCUUCCUCCUCCUCACUGAGGCUUGGAGCCACGAGGCUCCCAGGGAAAAGGAGAAUGUUUUUGGGGUAAAACCCUGCCCGGCCUUCCUGAUUUUCUUCAACACAGCCUACCAGGCAGGAGCCACUGUGGAGUUGCCCUGCCGCUGCAAACCCGAAAAGGUCCAGUCCAUUGUUUGGUUUUACAGGGAGCAUCAUUCUAACCCUGAAGUGACUAGAGCUCUGACCGAUGACGAUGGAAACAAGCUGAUAGACUCCAGUAGAAUUCCACACAACGCUGACCUGCGGAGUCGUUUCUCAAUUCGUCUCUUCAGCCUGAUUAUCUUUCAAACGUCAGUUGAUGACUCAGGUCUCUACAUCUGCGGGUCGACUCAGGGCGACUACUUCUACGCCUACGAUCUGGACAUCCAGGAGGUGCAGGAGCUUAGCUUCACGUCAAGGUUAACUUCGGAAAGCAAACACAAGACUAUCAAAGAAGUAAAGCGACAUACAUCUGGUCAGCUCUACCAAGUCUUCACCUUUUUCCGUCCGUGGUCCCGUUGCGAUCGCUGCGGCAUUCAGGGUGAGCAGGUCCGUGUGGGGCUCUGCUACAUCCGCUCCAGCUACCUACACGUGCGCUACAAGUGGACCGACAAGAAUGUUGUGUCCUGCGGCUCAGGGGCGGUGCCUGAGGCUUUCAGCCACCUGAAGCAAAGAGGCACUGGAGCCAAGCUGGAGAUCAGAAACUGUCAUGUAACUUGUCCAGCAAAGGUGCCAUCACCUUCAAAACUGCACGAUAAAAAGAGUUCUGAAUCCAUUACAACACAGGACAUGCAAGUUUCCUUUGUGAACCACCCAGCCAAGCAAAUCCUGACCCUCACCUGUCCAGAGGCCCGGCCGUACAUGGCGGUGGCGUGGGACAGAGGAUCUAAGCCUAUUUAUCGAUCGCAGACUCCUUUAGGUCAAAAUACAAGCUUCACAUCUCCGAGGAUUCAUAUUGAUGUUGGGAAUCAUCUGGUUUUCACCCCUGCUAAAGUUCAGGACUCGGAUGUAUACUACUGCUGGCUAAAAGGACAACGUGUGGCUGAGAUACACGUGCUCAUCUACCCCCAUUUUGGGCGUGGCAUGUCCGCUACGUCACAUCCGGACUUGUCAUCGGCCAUAGAGAUAGUUUUUAUAGCGUAUACUGUCAUGACGGCAGUGUUUUGCCUAUACAUCCUCAUUCGGGUUUGCAUAAGACACUGGAAGAGGGGCGCGCAUCUGGACUGA